AUGGCUUCCGCCGUUCCCUGUCUGCUCUUGUGCUUGCUCGUUCUUUCUCCUCAUCUCGGCAGUUCCUACCGCACAGGCUCCAUCAAUGGUGGGAAGCAUGUCAUCACCCGAGAUGGUAAUGGAUUGCCUGUGACGCAUCGGCUGAGCCCGUGCUCUCCUUCUGCCGCCGGUCUGAGCCAGAGCAUGCCCUCGGUCGGCGACGCCUCCAGCCGCGACGCCCUCCGCCUGCGCGGGCUCCUCGACGACUCAGCGGACAGCCCUGGUCUGACGAUCCCCUCAACCGGCACCCCCCUGGUGGAUCUUCCGGACGCAGCGGAAUACCACGUCGUCGUCGGCUUGGGUACUCCGGCGCAGAACAUCACCGUCGGAUUCGACACGGCCACCGUCGGAGCCACGCUUCUCCAGUGCAAGCCAUGCGCCACCGGGAACCCCUGCGACAAGGUCUUCAUCUUCAACCCGUCCCACUCCCUGUCAUCAACCCUUUACGACAUUCCAUGCGGCAGGACAUGGGAAGGCUGCCCCUCUACCCGUUGCACCACCCCCGGCUGCACGUUCCGCGUGACACACAACGGCUCCCUCGUGUUGAACGCCACCAUGGAGAAGGACACCCUCACGGUGGCGCCGUCGGUCCACGUGCGCGGCUUCAGGUUCCUUUGCCUGGAGAUGAUGAGCGAGGUACCGACCGACGGCACGUCGGGAGUCCUCGACCUCAGCAGGAACCGCUACUCGCUGGCCUCACAGGUCAGUCUGUCCCCAGACACGGUCGCCUUCUCCUACUGCCUGCCUAGGGGCGCCGAGUCCCAGGGCUUCCUCUCCUUGGGCACCACCCGGCCGGAGCUCGCCGGCCGCCGCGUGAGCUAUGCCACCCUGUACAGCAGAUUCCCCCGCCGGAACCUGUACUUCCUGAGGCUCACCGGCGUGCGCAUCGGCGGGACUGAGCUCCUGAUCCCCACCGAGCCGCUCGCCAGCAACGCGCUGAUCGAGGUGCAGACGACCUUCACCUACCUGAAGCCUUACGUGUACGAGGACCUGCGCGAGGUGUUCAGGGCGUGGAUGAGCAAUUACAAGGUGGCGCCGUCGUCAGGCGAGCUCGACACGUGCUACGACUUCACCGGACUGAACACUCUCGAAGUGCCGAUCAUCACGCUCAGCUUCGAGGGCGGGGCGAGCCUGGAGCUCGGGAUCGAGCAGAUGAUGUACUUCAGCAACCCCCACAACAUCUUCUCGGUGGCGUGCCUCGCGUUCGCGCCGGCGCCGGCGUACGGGUCGGGCGUCUCCGUCAUCGGGUCGCUGGCUCAGGCGUACACGGAGGUGGUCUACGAUCUGAUUGGAGGCAAGGUCGGGUUCGUCGACAACCGCUGCUGA